AUGGAAGGAGGCUGGCCUCACCAGGAGGGAUGGCUCCUAUGUCUCCUCCUCAGCCUUUUGCUUCAAGGUUCUCCUACCUUCACACAAAGCAGCAACACUUUCACCAUCAACUGCUCAGGGUUUGAUGUACAUGGAUGGAACCAAACGGCUUUUCAGCCGCUGUUUGACAGAAAGGCCUUCAGACCAGUUAUCAACAUCAGUGACCCCACCAGGGUCAACAUAUCCUUCACCUUAUCUGCCAUUCUGAAGGUGGAUGCACAGAUUCAGCUCCUUACCUCAUUCAUCUGGCUUGAGUUGUUCUGGGACAACCCAUUCAUCAGCUGGAACCCAGAGAAGUGUGGGGGAAUCACCGAGCUCGCUGUGGCAGCUGAUAACCUCUGGCUUCCAGACAUCUUCAUCGUAGAGUUCAUGGACAUUGAUCAGACCCCAUCAGAUCUUGUUGCAUAUGUGAAUAGUAAAGGUCACAUCAAGUAUAAGAAACCAAUGAAGGUGACCAGCAUCUGUAACCUGGACAUCUUCUACUUCCCCUUUGACCAGCAGAACUGCACUCUGACCUUCAGCUCUUUCCUCUACACAGUGAAUCACAUGUUGUUGGGCAUGGACAAGGAAGUGUGGGAGAUAACAGACACUUCACGCCAUCUCAUCCAGACCCAAGGGGAGUGGCAGUUGCUGGGCAUCAACAAAGCAACCCCAAAGUUGGUGGUGGGAUCCAGCUUUUAUGACCAGAUCAUGUUCUAUGUGGCCAUCCAGCGACGGCCCAGACUCUAUGUCAUAAAUCUUCUGGUGCCCAGCGGAUUUCUGAUAGCAAUCGAUGCCCUAAGCUUCUUCCUGCCAAUUGAGAGUGGCAACCGGGCCCCUUUCAAGAUGACCCUGCUGCUGGGAUAUACUGUCUUCCUGCUCAUGAUGAAUGAUUUAUUGCCACCCAGUGGCACCCCCGUCAUCAGUGUGUACUUUGCUCUGAGCCUGUCCCUGAUGGUGGUCAGCCUGCUGGAGGCUAUCUUCCUCACCUACCUUCUGAAUCUGGUUACUACGCAGCCGCCACCCAUGCCCCACUGGCUCCAUUCACUGCUGCUGCGCUACCUCAGAGCAACAGCGGGCUCCAAGAGGUCCCAAAAGGAGAAUGGGGGUCCUGACCCCAACCCCAUCCACCUGCCUGGCCUGAAGGAGCCAGGGGUGAAGGCAGGCCCAGCUAAGGCUUGGCUGAAUGGGGACCCCCACUCCACAUGGGCACAGCUGGAACAUCAGCAGAAAGUUGACAUUUGGGUGAAAUUCAGCCUUGCUCUAGACACUCUGCUCUUCUGCAUCUACUUGAUAUUUAUGAUCUCCUCUCUCAUCACAGUCAUUGUCCUCUGGAUCAACUAG